UCUUUUCUUAAACCUUUCCCAUUUUCCCCUUUUUCUCACAUACAACACACAGUUCUAUCACCACAUAAACUGCACACAUACCCGCAGAGCACACACUUACUCUGUAUAAUUACACACUCGCACCCUACGGUAUAGACGAAGACGAGAAGUUUUAUGAGCGAUGAUUGGGCAUUCGUACGGUAUGGAUGCACAGGCGAAGGCGACGGAGCUGGAGACGACGAUCCUAGCUGCGGCGUCGCCGCCACAGAUAGCCGCUGCGUGUAGCGGAGUGGAGGCUUUCUUACAAAAGCAUACGCCGGACCAGUCCCGGUGGUUCUUCUCCAUCACUUUUCCCACCCUAAUUUGUAAAACUUUUGGCUUCGAUGAGUCGUCUUUGCCUUCCAAAUCUCAGUCCCCGAACGGUUGGAUCGAUAUCGCUAUGCUUUCUGGAGAUUCUGAGCUCGCUGGUAAAAUUUUCGGCUUAUUAUCACCAAAUGGAGUGUUGAUGUCCUCCAUUUCAGCUGUUGAUAGACUCUCUCUAGUAAAAUAUGUGUUUCCAAUUGAAAGAUUACCUGAAUGGGUUCGGUAUAUGCUUCAGAACAAGCGAGACUGUCAGGUUUUGAUGGAUUUAUGUCCAUUAUUCAGGAACAAGGUUAAGGAGGAUUCACUUAAGGGCUCGCCUUGCCAAGUUCAGUUGAAUGUUUUGGAGUAUUUCUUGUUUUGGUUUGUUUACUACCCUGUCUGCAAGGGCAGUAGUGAUGGUCCAGAUGGUGCGAGAGUUCGGAGAAGUAGGAAAUUUAGGUUGGAGAAUUGGGCUUAUUCUAUUCCGGGGUUGUGCAGCAGUAAACGUGGAAUGGAGCAAAAAAAUGAUGUCAAUUUGUAUUGUCGUCUACUGUAUGCUUAUUUUCGUGCUUUUGUGCCUAUGGUUGAUUUGAGUGCUCAUCAACCUUAUCGCAGUUCUCUACUUCAUUAUUCAUGGGGACAUGAUACCUCAGUUAUUGAAAGAGCAGAGUUUUUGGUCAAUUCCUUGAUACAUUUUUGGUUGGUUCAUAAUGAUUUCUCACCUCUGCCCGUGAGUUUGUGCAAGUCAUAUGGUGUGACUUUACCUUUCCGGUCAAUUUUUGGUGAAACUCCGCCUACUUCCGGAUUGGGUGAAGUAAUUACUUUGUUUGUUAAGUAUCUCACUCUUAAUUCAGUUCUUUGUAUUGAGGGGCAUGACAAGUUUGGAUGCAAUGGAUAUCCUCCACGGAAGGUUUCAGGUUCUGUUGAUGUGAUUAAUUCAAAGGAAAUUACACUAGAUUUCACCUCCAACAAUUCUUGGAACAUAUGGGUUCAGAGGCCAUUAUAUAGAUUUGUAUUGAGAACAUUUCUAUUUUGCCCAGUAGAAAGUUCUAUAAAGAAUGUUUCUCAAGUAUUCACUGUCUGGGUUACUUACAUGGAACCUUGGAAAGUUAACUUGCAGGAGUUUGCAGAGCUUGAUGCCACACUGGGAAUGCCUCAAAAGAGUACAUCUGAGGUUACUCAAACGUCUGAAAAUGGUUAUUCAACUGCCUGGCAAACUUAUGUGCUGGCUAAUUAUCUGUAUUAUAGCUCUUUGGUUAUGCACUUUUUUGGUUUUGCACAUAAGUUCCUUCAUACAGAUCCAGAAGUCAUUAUACAGAUGGUUUCCAAGGUGAUAAACCUUUUAACUUCAUCGACAGAGCUGAUGGAUCUCAUAAAAAUUAUGGACACUGCUUAUCAUUCAAAACCAACAGGGUCAUCCAAAUUAGUGCCUAAUGCCUUAUAUAGUUUUGUUCCAGCAAUCCGCGAGCAAUUACAGGACUGGGAAAAUGGUCUAUGUGAGACAGCUGCGGAUGGAUCAUUUUUGCAUGACAACUGGAACAAAGAUUUACGACUUUUUAGCGGGGGUGAGGAUGGUGGACAACAAUUACUUCAGCUCUUUGUGUUGCGAGCAGAGUCUGAGCUACAAGCUAUAUCUGGGGACAAUGUUGCACAAAGCCUCAAGUGUCUAGACUCUCUCAAAGCCCAGCUAAGCUGCUUAUUUGGCGGGCCAAUAUUGGGGUCAUCUUCCAGAACGCCAGAGAAAAGAGAGCAUGUUCAUACUCGUGAUGAAAUGUUCCGACCCAGAAGUUUUGGCCACCAUAUGGUGUCUGAAGUCAAGUACAAGGGUGAUUGGAUGAAGCGCCCCAUAUCUGAUGAUGAAAUUGCAUGGCUGGCAAAGCUUCUUGUGGAUUUAUCGGCAUGGUUGAAUGAAAGUCUUGGCUUAAACCAGGUGAACAGCAGCCAAGGGUGGCCUGCUUGGUCUUAUGUGGAUUUGUCAGGUAAUGCAGGAAACGUAUCGGGAUUUAUGGAUACCAUGAAAAUUGUGUUCCUUUCAUUGUUCUCCUGGUUUACUGCAUUCGGCAAGGCAGGGUUAAUGUUUAUGCGAAAGCGUGGUCUGAAGGUGAACCUCCGAAUAUUAGCUUCAAAGAAGAUAGUGAUGGUGCUUCUUAUGGUUGCUGCUUUUAGCAUUUCGCGUAAAGCUUUUUCCUAGGUUAUAUACAUGUAUAUAAGAGGAAGAUGAUAAUCACAAAGAAUGAAUAGAAUAUGCAAGAAAUUUGUGGAAGGUUUUGUAAUCUCUGUGCAGUUUGUAAUUAUAAUGUGAGGUCUGUGUAGCUUGAAAGUUUUGUACACCGAAUACAGUUGCUGCUUAUAAA